CCAGGUGAUAAAAGAGACUAUCUCCUAGAAUCAUGACACCCUAUUUAUAACCCCCCAAAGACACACAGAGAAACGUCAUCCAAAUAACAGGAGACAGACAAUCAAGCAAGCAAGCAAGCAACACGGACAAUCUCGGUGUCCGCCUGCCCUACUACCACUACCACUACUUGUUCUCCUAUUCUACCUCAUAACACCAACUACAACCAGGUAUCCUGAGCAAGCCCCUCAAUUAAUAACCAGACGAUCAAAUGAUUGGUCCCGGCAAUCCUGGAAGGAAGCUAGUUGGACGCCUAGGAAGUAGUCUAAUGCUCCUCCAGUCGGAUAAGAGGAGGAGUUCGGGGCAUUACCACCGUAGUCAACUCAGUGUUAGGCUGGGCCGACGGGUUCCGAGAGCCGAUUUUGGUGUUAGUCUGUUAUUUGUUUUUGCCUUUUGGCUCAGGGGUCUGGUGAUGCUGUCCUGUGUUCAUGUGAUGGGGGGGAAAUAUAUACUUUUUUUCUUUCUUGAAAUAUUGGUUGAUGUCAUUAGUUGAGAGUGGUGUUGUCCAUAGUAUACAUCACUAGGUAUACUUUCUGUUAGUGGUGUGGGAUGGAGAGUAAGCAGUAAGCAAUAAGCAGUAAGCAGGCCGGGUAAACGGCGCUAUGCUAUAGAGAAGAGGACAUAUAGGUGGGGGGUUCUGAGUGCUUACGCUUGGGCCUUAUCUGUUUCAGAGUAUAUUGGUGGACUAUUAUAGUUAGCAGUGAGACAGUC